UUAAUAAGAGCGCUUUUUAAUCGUGCCCAUCACGGAUUUGGCCAAACCCACAAUGAGGGAAGCCGAAUGAUAAAAGAGCCAAUAUAUCCAUCAGCCCAUUAUGAAAAUUUCUAGGUCUAUUCAGGAGUCUGGUCGCUCUAGAAGGUCUUAUUACUUCAAGACAAAUUCGAAUUUUAUUGGGAUCUUUACGAUUUUUCAUAGAAAAGUAUAGUCAAGGAAAUUUUCCAGUUUCAUUUUAUUUCCAGUACGAAUGGAAUCUCUAUACAAUAGACAAAAUCGAAGAUGGAUAUAAUAUUCUGUUCUUCGUAUAACACUCUGAUUAAUUAAUAGUUCCAAUUUUUUUAAAAUCGAAACAUUAUUAAAAACAUUGUAAACCAAAAUUUCUUUAGCAGUCUGUUUAAUUAAAGAUGUUUACCUUGAGACGAAAAUCCAAGGUUACGUUUUGGUUGUGUAAUAUGUUAUUCUUAAAUUAACACUCGUGAAUAGAAUGUAAAUGAACAGAUUGACUAAUAAGUUUUUAUUCGAUUUGUAUCUACUGUCGUAAAAAAUAUUAUUUUUAGUCAUUGUCCAGUUCGGCUUUUAUUCAACGAAUUUUCGAGGAAGAUGGAGUUGAAUGGAUGUCUCACUGGGAGCAGGGCAAAGUGAAUACAGUAUUCCUUCGUUUCGAAGAUAUUUCCAUCGUUCGAACAAUUUAUGAAUUUUUAGAAUAUUCUGCAUUUAACUUGAAGAUUUUCAAAAUGAUAGAUUUAACUGAAAAUAAAGGCAAUAAACAAGAAAAUCAAUAUCUUAAAUCGGAGAGCCAAAUAUAUGAUUCAGACGAACAACCUGACUUUUCACAUAGGAUUAUUGAAAAUAUAAUUAAAAAGAUAAAAAAUUACAAAAAAUUAAGUUAUAAAGCAAUAAUCUUCUUGAGAGUUCUUGAGUGCUGCCAGGGACACUGGAACUAAUUCUGAGAUGACUGAGCCAUGCGGGAGAGGAAUGAACUUAGGCCUGCUGUAACACCCAGCAAAUGUUGGAAGAAAUAGGUUCCCUGUAUAGUUGUAGAAGGGAAUUGGUGACAUCUCAUUGUGUUGUUUGUGAGCCACUAGACGAAGGACCCACUGGAAUUUCUUGCUCAGCUUAGCCUUUAUUGCUCCUGCAAAGCCCAAGGCAACAGUGUAUAGUUUUCCAAGAUGGUCAUAGAAAGACACCAAGUCACAGAAUUUGGAGAAGUGUAGAUGGGUAGUCUCGUACAACUUAAGUUCAACU